AAAUAUAUACCUAUGAUGAAAAGUGUUCAUUGAAAAAAAAUUGUGUGGAAUUUUUUUAUUUUUUGUUAAAAAUAUGAUUCUUGUGUAUUGCAAAUGGCGUGUCUAGAGUGUUGUGACGUCUCCAACAUGAGGUUGUGAUGAAAUUCCAAAAUUUUGAAGGAUGUGAAAAAGAUGAAAGGAAGAAAGAAAUUAAAAAAAGAAAAAGAAAAAUGAGAUUUUCCAAAACCCAAGAAACAAAGAUGUGAAGGAAAAUUACUUAAUGACGUGUAUCUCAGAAAUCCAUUGCCAUCGUUGCCUGACUGCCAUUCGGCCAGCAACAACAACAAUAACAGGAAAACUUACUUUUGAUGCCAAGCAACCCAAUACGGGAGACGACGAAACCAAGAAACAAACAAACAAUUUAUUUGCUGUUACUACACAAACUCACCGCUGUAGAAACCCCUUGCCUUGCUCCGUCCUCCAAAUCUCCUAUUCCGUUGUCCUCCUUUUCAAUCAAUCGAAAAAAUUCCAUUCAACCGGACAAAAAAAUUAUAACAAAAUACAAAGAAGCGAAGACGAAGUUAAAGAAGAACAAGAAGAAUAACAACAACAACAACAACAUAUUUCCAAGCUAAACGAAAUUGUAUUGAAUUUACCAAAAACUUGCAAAGUUAGUGAAGUGGUAUCGUGAUUUGUUUUCAAAACUCUGUGUGUUUUUGAAUUUUUAUUGCCAACAAAAAGAAAAACCCGUUGCUGCUUGAUCGACAAAACAACAAAUCAAAUCAACAAGUUGGAGUCCAAAAGCGAUAACCUGGAGAAAAUCUCAAGCAAAUCGAAAAAUAUGCAUACGUUCGGCGAGACAGGGGCUGGGGUGCCGGCCUUUUUGGCCAAACUUUGGCGUUUGGUUGAAGAUCCCGAAACGAAUAAUUUGAUAUGUUGGAGUAAGGAUGGAAGAAGUUUCAUAAUACAAAAUCAGGCACAAUUCGCUCGAGAAUUGUUGCCACUCAAUUACAAACACAACAACAUGGCCUCGUUCAUACGACAGUUGAAUAUGUAUGGUUUCCACAAAAUCACCUCCAUCGAUAAUGGUGGCCUGAAAUUCGAUCGUGAUGAAAUGGAAUUUACCCAUCCCUGUUUCAAGCGCAACUGUCCAUAUCUCUUGGAGCAUAUUAAACGUAAAAUUGCCUCAACCAAAUCCGUGGAUGACAAGUCGGCAAUGAAACCCGAAGCCGUGAAUAAGGUUCUGCAAGAUGUCAAGGCCAUGAGGGGGCGUCAGGAUUCGUUGGAUUCACGUUUUUCGGUUAUGAAACAGGAAAAUGAGGCCCUGUGGCGUGAAAUUGCUUCGCUGCGUCAGAAACAUGCCAAACAACAGCAGAUUGUCAAUAAAUUAAUACAAUUCUUGAUAACAAUUGUCCAGCCGCAGCGGAAUAUGACCGGCGUAAAACGUCACAUGCAAUUGAUGAUCAACGACACACCCGAUAAGAUGAAAUUGCGCAAGGCCAGUGAAUCGGAAUCGGAUUGUGGUCCAGUCAUACAUGAACUGGGCGAGGAGCUGUUGGAUGAGGUAUCGGAAGUUGAGCCAGAUCUAAUGACAUCCGGCAGUCCAUUUCGCCAGAACUCAACAACCCCAACCACCACAGAGCCAGAUGCAGCUGCCUCACCACAACACAUUGAACGUCCCCAUUCAAGCGUUAGCUUGUUGUCACAAAACUAUGACUAUUCCAAUCAAAGCGGUGAUGAUGCCAGUUUGGGCUACAUAAGUCCCAGCCUCAAUAACUCAUCAUCGUCCAAUCAAAAGGAGUUGGUUCAAGCCGUCAAUGCCACAGAUGGUUCGAAUAUUUUCUAUCACAUUACCGAGGUACCAGAUGCCCAUCCCCAAGAGCCGCCGGCACCACCAAUCAACUACAAUGAUGACAACGUUUUGACCACACCCAUGGUAAGGGCCGAAGAAAUGGCUCGCACACAAAUGUUAAGACAGAAGAAUCGUCAAAGACGCAAGGAAAUGGGUGCCUCUCCCGAUAGCAUGAGCUCAGGAUCACCCAAGGGCAACAACAACAACAGUGAUGUCACAAAACCCAAACAACAACGUUUACAACAAAGACCACAGCAGCAACAACAACAGCAGCAGCAGCAGCAGAUGCUCUCCCAGGCCCAAGAAUUGCCCCAACCCCUACAAAUUAAAUCCGAAGAUGAACCCUUGGAUCCCUUGAUCUUUUUGAACGUAUAUCCCGAUAGCAGUGGUGGCAUGACACCCGAUCCCAAUUUGAUUUCACCAAAUCUCAGUGAAGAAUCACGUCAAUCAUCGGCCACGAAUGGUGCUGGCAACUAUAUGCUAAAGAGCCCAUCCCUUAGCCAAGGCGCUGCUGGCAACAACAGCAACAGCGGUGCACGUGUAUCACCCACUGAAAAUAAUCUCUUGACAGCUGGCACCACCACCACGAACACCAACAAUGAUUUAUACAAUCCAUCAAAUUUCAUUACCAACGAUAUGCCAGCUGAAAUAUUUGAGGAUAACACCCUCAUGUCUGCUGGAGAUAACAGCAACUUCGAUGACAACUUCAAAUUGAAUCUGCAAGAACAAUUUGGACGGUCCACCGUUAAUAGUGGCAAAUUUUCCUCAUACAUGGCCGGUAAUGGUAAUGGUGGAGUUGGCACACUUGCCACUGGAGGAAGCGCUGGCCCCUCAACAUCGGCUGCCUCUGUGGGCUUGUUGGCAAAUAAUACGAACAACAACAACAACGGCAACGGCAAUAACUCGGACACAAAACCCUCAACAUCGAAAUCAUCGAAUGGUAACAUGACCUUGACAAAAUACAACAGCAGCGGCAAGCUACCUUCGAACGAGGAUAUAAUGCGGUUGAGUACAGCCUCUGAGGUAAGCGGCCAUUUGGAAAUAAUGCAAGACGAAUUGGAAUCGUUAAAGGAUCUGCUGCGCAGUGAUGUCUAUUCGUUGGAUCACAACACUUUGUUGGGCUCUUUGAAAGGAUGCAACACCGGCACUCCGGCAACAGCAGGCAUGACGGCAACAAAACCAUUUACGAAGUUAAAUAUAUUUGAGAACAAUAAUAAAUAUAUUUUUGCCGCCAACUAUGGAAGCGAAUUACUACAAAAGCUUUUUAAUGAUUCCGAAAUUUUGGGCAUGGGUGCAUAUGGUCUACAUUUACCCAAAGACACCACUAAUGAUCGUAAUGGUUCUGAAUUAAUGGCCUACCAACCAAUGUAUGAUCUGUCAGAUAUCAUCAAUGAACAAAGUGAUUUGGAUGCCGAUAACAAUUCAAUGAUGAGGCCACAAAUAACCCAAGAACCAGAUAGUUCAACAAAACAGAAUGAUGUUCAGCCCAGUUCCGGUUUAAAUACGCCGUAUCAUGGAGUAAAUCAACCGCCCCAGGCUUCACACAAACACAGUGAGGAAAUGGUUGAUUGAUUGAUUGCUUUUUUUUUUUGUUACGAUAAUGGGGUCUUCAAAAAAUAUUAAUCACAACAGUAGGAUCCCCGUAUCUAUAUAUUCAUAAGAUAAUAAUAUUUUACAUAAUAAUAUAUAUGUAGUUCUAACAACUAUUCAUAACUAAUAUUUAUGAAUACUUUUGAUGAUUGUUUAACAAAAUAGAAAUGACAACAUGUGGAAACAGGCAUAUUUUAUAAUAAUAAUAAUAAGUUUUUACGCCCUUAGAUAUAUAUACACAUAUA